AUGACAGUCGAUAAUCUUCCUGAACCUGGAUCAAGUAUAACGGCUUAUUGUUCUGACACCCUAAUACAAGGAGAAGUUCUAUGUGUAGAUGCAUCAAAAAAGCUGAUCGUUCUGCAGAAGCCCUCAAGUAUCGGCAGGCCUGACGAGUGUGACAUACUUAUUCUACGUGCUGAUUACCUUAGAGAUCUAAAGAGCACCAAAGAAGGGUCUCCACCAGCCUGUCCUGAACUAAAUAUUGAAAAGAUAAUUGAGCGUAUUCGAGUUAACGAACGUAUUCAAAAGGAAAAGCUGAAGUUUUAUGGCCACGAUGUCCCCGUGGACGCUCGUAAACUUGCCGAAUACCUGGAAACUUUUUUCACUGUAGUUUGGGAUAAGCCACAUGUUGUUGUAAUGGAUCAUACAAUUAUCAGCCCUCCCUAUAAGGAAAGCAAUGUUUCCUGUAAUUCAGAUGCACAGCAAGCCAAAUCACAAACAGAUUAUGUACAGAGAUUGAGUUAUCAACGCAUUUUAGAAUCAUUUGAGUGAAGAAGCAAACCAAAUUUAUGUAUGCGUAUAAGCUUAACCUAACACUGAGUGCUAAAAAAUUAUCCAGUAACAACACUCUUCAACGUUAGAUUUCGUACAACGAUAAUGAAGGGGAUUUUGGAUCUCUAUAUCAUUGCACCAUCCUACUGACAACGAACCUGAUAAUAGUUCCAGAAAACUUAUUUCUUCGAUAGUUUUGGCCACUAAAUUUAAUCUAUCCAACGUCAUUCGAAUAUCGCAAAAUGUACACCAAUAUACUAUCUAGUGUCAACUGCGGGAAAAGUGUAAUUAACAAAAUUAAAAAUUUACUAGCAUUGUGGUUUGUGCUUCUGAUGUCGAACGAUAUAAGUACCAUGCAUCAUCAAUCAAGAGUGAAAUACCUGACGGAAGAAGGUUAAGAAGAUCCAAGAGAAGAGGACGAGAACGAAGAAUGAUUGGUGUGGAAACGAAGGAAUAAUGAAGUCUGAGACGAUUGAUUGACGUUUUGCAAAUGAAGUAUUUACUAUAUGGAUUUCAGAUUUUACUAAGUGAUUCUGUAAUUUUGUAUUCGAAUACAUUCGGUUGUCUCUACUUGUGUUCCUGUUCACUACAGUAUGAUGCACAAUUAAAAGUUGAUAAAAUUUUUAAAACAAAUGUUGAACUAAAGUGAUCUUUAUUAUUAAUGCGAUAUUUCAAUGUGCGGUAUUUGUUGUGCUUAUUUCAUUCAAAUAAAAUUCACCUCCAUUUUAAUGUACUUUUGUUAUCGUUCACGAUGACGUUCUUCAAUAAAUAAAUAUGGCAUCUAAUUCAGUGUUCUUACAGUGUAUCCUGGAUUAAAAAAAUCUGAAAUAAGUCUAAGAGAGUGACGGAACGAGUACAAACUUACAUUAAACUAUCAGGGUUUCUGAUACAUCUUUUUAAUGAAUACCCAUCAACAGGAAAUUCAUGUUCAAGGUUUCCAGCAAAUUGCAUCCAUCCACCUAUCAAAAUAUAGUCACCCUGUACAGUUGAACGCCUUUGGAGCCUUUUCAAAAGUUGACGACUAGAUAGUAUGAAACUAGGCUAUAUUUGAAACGUUUUCUUAUGUGCUUUUCUAACAGUUUCACUAGCUUGGUUUGAGAAUUCACUGAGGGCAUAUUUUAUAUAUUCUUAUCAGGCUCAUUCUCUUUAAUAUACUGUUGCUCAUGAUUUUUUCUCAUCUGUUUUCUCAUCCCAUCAACCAUUGCUUGCUAUCAAUGAGAAGUCUCAUAUUUAGUUUAUAAUUACAUCACCUUAGCUCUUCACCAUGUUCGCGGCAAUUCGAGAAGCGUUUCCACGUAUAAUUUAUUUCGUUUAAUGUUGUAAAGAUUCUAUGGCUUACUAUCACAUUUGUUUGUAAAUUUUUAUACGUUAUCAUCACUGUUUGAGAAACGAAUAAAAUACUUCUUAGUCCAAUUGAAAUGGCAGUUAUUUUUAUGCUCUGUUAAAUAAACGUACAUUUCCCCAAAGUAAAUCUUCUGAUUGUGAUUUGAGUCGUUCAAUCAAACAAAUAACAGCUUAAUGACAGUAUCUGAUUAAAUGUUGAGCAAAUAACACAUAAAGAGAGAAAAAUCUUCAGUAAUUCUUCCUAAAGGUAAUGAAUCAGUAGCUUGGUGUAAAACUGUAAUUUUGACAUUAAGUUCUAACGUAAGGUAAUGUUGUUCAUCAAUCCAUAUAACCAUACCAUAUUGUGUUUUUAAUAUGUUAAACAAAUUCAACUAGCUUCAUUAAAGAGAUUCAUUUUAAAAACAUAAAAACUUCUUUUGAUAUCACAUAUCUUCAGUUUUAUUUCUCAAUAAUCACUAUUCAAGUUACGAUCAUAAUUAAGAGAUUAAUCUUUUUAGAAUAUUAAAGAUUCCCAUUGUGAAAAUUAGAACAACAUAUGUAAGCGAACAAUUGUUUUCAAUUAGAUUGUCAUCAGGUUUUACUCUAAUGUACAUGAAUAUGCCUGACUUGUAGAGCAAAAAAGAUUUGUUCAGUCAGGAGCUGAAAUUUAUCAAUAACUUACUGACAGAGAUCGGUUAUCCUAGUUCGUUCAUUAAGAAGUAUAUGUGUGAUACAAGAAAGAAGUCUGAAAUUUUAACUGUUCCAAAGAAACUUUUAUAAAUGAAACUACAAUUCAACGGGGAUGUGGCUAAUGAUACUCUGAAAGAUAGUUUAACGAAAGUAAUUAGUAGAACUUUCUACGCAGCCUAUCUCGCAUUGACUUUCUCGAGUCGACCAGUGACGUCUACUUAAACGAAGGAUAAGUUACCUGAGUUGGCCUCCUCU